AUGUUCACUCUCUUCAAACUGAUGUCGCUUGCCUCCCUUGCGGCGAUUGCUUCGGCCGAAACGCACACCAUCGUGUUGGUGAACAACUGUGGAUUUGGCACGCCCACUCUGCUAUUACCUGGGAACGAUCUGGUAUCUACAGGAGCACCGUUCACCGUCAAUGGCCCCAUUCGAGGCGCCAUUGCAUACCUUCAAACUGGCGGCUGCGGCGAGAACGGCGAAGGUUGUACUUUGGUCGAAGCUACGCUAUUGGACGGAGGGAGUGCUGCUGACAUCUCGCUCAUUCCACCCCACGCGUUUUCCGUCACGAGCGGCUUUGGAUUCUUCGACGGAUGUGAUGGGGCUGGGACAGACUGCACCAAUUCCGGAUGUCCCAUGGCAUUCCGCCAACCAGAUGAUACCUUUGCUAUCGUGGGCUGCGGCGCUCCCUCCGUCAAUCUCGCCAUUACUUUCUGCGACUAGUGUCUGAACAAGUGAAUGGCCAUGGGGACUGCUAUGGCGUUCGAGCCUCCAGAAAAUGGAAAAGAAAUUGUGUACGACUAGACAGAGGGGUACGAGGCUGAGUGAUACAGCAUUCCAUGAAGGUGAUGCCGCUUUUGAUAUGGAUGAUUCCUGUGGUCGAUCGAAUUCACUGUAUAAUGCAUAUGGAUGUGCUGUCCCGUGCCUACCUAGCACUCCUUAUGCGAGCAAAAUGAUACCUG